AUGUCCAUGCUACGCCAUGGCCUGCAGCAGACCCUCUGCUUGCGCCAACUUGCAAAAGGCCAGCUGCUGAAGCCGCAAUGGCAACGAACGAGUUCCCAUGUCGACAUCAAAAACAUCUCGACGAGCCACCAGCCCGAGGACGACGCGAGCCCACCCGAGAAUCCGUUCCCGGGAGUCAACAAUGCGCGUCCGCUCCCCGUUUCGCCUUCAUACUUCUCUAGAGAGCCUCGCUUUAACGAUGCUUACAUCAAGCUUUCUACCCUGCUGCAGCGUUACCAACACAUCCCGACUGCGCCACCCGAGCUGGUCCCGCGACAAGUAUGGAAAAACUUGAAGGGAUACCGGCAAACGACAGGAGAGCCGGUCAAAGCGAUGCCAUACAGUCAGGUCCUGGCCAUGGUCAAGCGGCUACACUCUAUCUUUCCUAAGAUGAUGCCCGGUGAAGUCAAGGAGGCUCUGCAGGAAUUCAAGCGCGACAUCGACCCUUACAAGAACGUGGCGAAGGUCGCGCCCCUCGACAGGUUCGGACGCGCGCUGGGCGUGGGCAGGAGAAAGACGUCGACCGCGCGCGCCUGGGUGGUUGAGGGCACCGGAGAAGUCCUCGUCAACGGCAAGCCCCUGAACGAGAUGUUUGGCAGGAUUCACGAUCGCGAGAGCGCCAUCUGGGCGCUCCGAAGCACUGCGAGGACGGACAAAUACAACGUGUGGGCGCUCGUUGAAGGCGGCGGGGUCACCGGGCAGGCCGAGGCCCUGACAUUGGCCGUUGCCAAGGGCAUCAUGGUCCAUGAACCAGCUCUGAGGCCGAUAUUGCGAAAGGCUGGUUGCGUUACGCGCGACCCGAGGACUGUGGAGAGAAAGAAGCACGGUCACGUCAAGGCCAGAAAGAUGCCUGCUUGGGUCAAGAGAUAG